GACCAUAUUGCGAUGUUGUUAGUUUCAUUAUACUCAAGUAAUAAUUAAUACCAUUUUAUUAAUUUUAAAUAUUAUAUAUAUAUAAUAAUAAUUUAUUGAUUAUCUAAUAAUGCAUUUUAAAUAUAGGUACAGUCAAGAUAGUUAUAGUAUUAAACAUGACAGUAAAUACAGUAGUAUAAAGCAUAGUUGAACAUGUUAUAAGAACAAUAAAAAAUAGAAUGUACAAACAUUUAACAUCAAUAGGUACAUAGAAUUGUAAAUUUUAAUUGCUUUAAUUCAAUUACAAAACUAAUAACUUAUUACAACUAUUAAAAUAACUUAUUACUAAACAUUCGUUAUUAUUUAUGUUGAACAAACAAAUAAAAAUAGAAAAAAUGUAUUUAAAGUUAAAUUAUCUUAACAUAAUCAUGCAUUCAGUGAAUGGGUGAAUAUACACCAAAUUGGAUUACAGAAGUAAAUGAUGGAUAAAAUAAAACUAUUUUAAGAUAUUUUAAUGAAUAAGACAUUACAAAAACAACAAAUUUAUCAAUAAAAAAUGAAUGGAUUAAAAAAAUCAAGUUGAAAAACAAUGGAGACAUUGCUCUAUUGUAAUAUAUUUGAAAAAUGUUUAAAAAUGUAAUGGGGAACAUUUCCUUGACUGUUAUUCAGUGUAACCAUGAACAUUCCAUAUGUCAUACACCAAAACCGUUAAUUGUAUAUUUCUCCGAAACACAUAACUACUGGUUUUGGGAUAUAGUAGCUUGUGGACACAAUGAACAAAAGACAGAGAAAAUGUUGUUUACUAUUUUAAUAGCAAUAUCAAUAUUUUUAAACAAUGAAAAUAUAUUCAAUUAUGAACAUCCAACUCCAGCUAAAAAACUAUGGAAGUACUACUUUGUGCCCUCAAAUAUUAAAAAAAAAGGAAAUUCCGUAGAAAGUCUAUGCAAAAUUCAUAAACAAGAACAAGUUUAAUGAAUUCUAAUUUUUUAAUUAUUUCAAAAAAUCCUAUUUACAUAUCACCUGUAUCUUCAACACAACCACAUCCAGCUCAAUUUAAAAAACUAUGGAAGUACUAAUUUGUGACCUCAAAUAUUAAAAAUAAAAGAAAGUUCGUAGAAAGUCUAUGCAAAAUUCAUAAACAAGAACAAGUUUAAUGAAUUCUAAUUUUUUAAUUAUUUCAAAAAAUCCUAUUUACAUAUCACCUGUAUCUUCAACACAACCAAGUGAUAACUUUGUUGCCAAUUUUCUGUGACACUUAAAAGACGGAUAAAAUUUACAACAAAUUUUUUCUAGAUCAUGUGGAAUUAUAUAGGACUCGAGACUAUAAAACAAAAAUAACAAAAUCCAGUAUUGAACUCCCAGCUCAAUUUUAAAAAUCUAAUGAACCAAACAAACAAUAGUGUAGACAAAUAUAGAACUAAAAAACUGGCAAUAUAUAAUGAACUUUGAAAUACUUUAAUGAUGCUCAAGAUCAAAAUUAUGAUAGUUUUUUAAUUGAAGUUGUACACUGAGCUCUUUCUUCAUACUUCCAGAAAAAAAAUGGACAAAAAUUCCAAUACAUUUUUCAAUGAAAUUUAAAAAAACCGAUAAGUAUGCUACAGUAAAUAGUAAAACUAUGGUAAACUUAGGAAUUAUAUUUAAAAAGAU